GGAUGACUAACUGGGAAGUGAACUGUUUUUGAACCACCGUUGUUCUUUGGUGAAAGGAGACAUUUACUAAGCUGACAGCAGUCGGCAUUAUUGCAUUUGUCCAGUCGAUCCUACACCUGUGUGCAGUGUUUGAGAGGAUUUUAGCAAUUGCUAUGAGCGGUUAUGUGCACUGAUUAAACUGAAGGCCAAACACGCUGCUUAUGAUGAGGUUUCUGGUGUAGUCACACCUACAUUUGGCGCAGCUGCGUCUGCUAAACUUCAUUACUGAAUAGGUUGGAGCUAUUAUACUUUGAAGAUGGACAGGAAGGAAAAGGAUAAGGAUAAGAGAAACAGUUUUCUGGACAAGGUUGGUGGAACUUUUCGUCUGGGAAAGGAUCGGAACAAACAGAAGAGUGUAUCCAGCUAUCCCAAACAGUACAUUGAGGAUCAGAAUGGCAGUCAAGCUGAGCCGUCGUGGGAGACCACAGUCAAAGGAUACUCCACUGACGAGGUCAACGCUAGGUUGGAAGUCAUUUUGGAUGACAUGAACCUGACCGAAGAGAAGAAGGCUCCAUUACGAUCCCGCGAUGAGAACUUCAAGAGGUCUAUGCUAAUCAUGCAUUACAAGGGCAAGGCUAAGCCUCGGAAAGGAGAGCCGGAUGGGGCACAAGAUUUCAUCAUUCAGUUAAAGAAUGCAGAUCUCAAAGGAGCAAAGCGGCUCAGUGUGUUGGAGUCUCUACGAGUGUCGCUGACUAGUAACCCUGUCAGUUGGGUCCAGGGCUUUGGAGAACAAGGACUCAAUGCUGUCCUGCGUAAUUUGACAUACUGCUGUGAUUCGAAGUCUGAAAGGAGAAGCACCUACGAGUGUGUGCGAUGCCUGAAGGCAUACAUGAACAACAAGUUUGGUUUGAUGGAAAUAUUAAAUCAUGAGGAAGCUUUAACCAUCCUUUCUCGGACAGUCGACCCAUCCGACCCACAAACCAUGCUUGAAGCUGUUCGUCUCCUUGCUGCCAUAUGUCUUGUUCCACCCAAUGGACACGAGAAGGCUCUAGAGGGCAUCACAGUGUGCGGGGAGAUCCGGAGUCAGGAGCGCUUCAUCCCGAUCAUCAUGGGGAUGGGGAUGAGGGACAACCUCCCCAUGCAGCUUGCCUGCAUACAGCUGGUGAAUGCGCUUGUGAGUACACCGGACGAUCUGGAUUUCCGAUUACACUUACGGAAUGAGAUCAUGAGGACGGGCAUGAUCGACCUGAUGCCGACGCUAGAUGGCCAGACGGACGAUGAGGUGAAAACACAGGUUCAGAUCUUCCAUGAACACAAAGAUGAAGAUGCUGAAGAGUUCUCUCACAGAUACGACAACGUCCAUAUGGAGAUAGACGAUUCCGCCCAGUGCUUCGAGCUGAUUUCUGCUUCCAUCAAGGACACUGUGUCGGAACCCUACUUCCUGUCAAUCUUGCAGCAUCUGCUAACGAUCAGAGAUGACUUGUACUCGAGACCCCAGUAUUACAAACUCAUAGAAGAGUGUGUCACCCAGAUCGUGCUGCAUAAGAGUGGCGUGGAUCCCGACUUCCGGCACACCAAGAGAUUUGAGAUAGAUGUGGAGCCUCUGCUUAGUAGUUUAUCAGAAAAGUCUAAGUUUGAGGACUCGAAUGUGAAUAUCGGUGAGAUGAAUACAAAGCUAGAGGCAGCACUGACAGCCAAGCAGGAGUCUGAAGCCAAGGCCACAAGUAUGGAUGAGAAGAUCAAAGCAUAUGAGCAGGAGCUAACACAACUGAAGGAAAAGAUAUCUCAGGGAAUAGGGACAGUUGUGAGCAGUGCACUGAAUAAGGGGCCUGGUGGUGGCCCUCCACCUCCUCCUCCACCUCCCCCGCCCCCAGGUGGAGGCCCGCCGCCACCACCACCACCCCCUCCACCACCUGGUGGAGGUGCACCACCACCACCUCCUCCUCCUCCACCACCAGGAGGUGGUCCACCUCCACCACCUCCUCCUCUCCAGGUGGGGCCUCCUCCUCCCCACCCCCUCCUGGGGCACCCCGACCCCCAGGAGCUUUGGAGUCCCCCAGGUGCCCCCUCUCCCCCAACAAAUGUACUUCCAUUUGGUAUGCAGCCCAAGAAAAAAUACACGACAAAUACACAGACCAAGAGGUUAAACUGGAACAAGGUGAAUGCACGUGUUUUGGACAAAGAUUCUCUCUGGGUGAAGGCAUCGUCAGAAACAUUUGAAAGCGAUGUCUUGUUCAAGGGUCUAGAGGAAUGCUUUGCUGUGAAAGCUCCAGCAAAGAAAGAGACAAGUGAAAAUAUGGACAUCAAGCCAAAGAAGAAGUCGAAAGAAUUACGGGUGCUAGAUCCAAAAGCAGGACAGAAUCUGUCUAUCCUCCUGGGGUCGAUCAAGGUGCCAUAUAAGGAAAUAAAGCGACGCAUCCUGGCGAUAGAUGAUGAGAACUUGUCGGAGGCCAUGUUGGAACAACUGCUGAAGUAUAUGCCAACACCGGAGCAGAUGAACCAGAUCGCUAGCUUGAAGGACCAGUAUAAUGAUCUCGCAGAACCAGAACAGUUUGCAGUGGAGAUGUCGUCCAUCAAGCGAAUCACUCCUCGUCUCAACUCCAUGCUGUUCAAGAUGAGAUUUUCUGAGAAUGUGGCAGACAUUAAGCCUGACUUAGUGGCAGCAACAGAGGCAUGUGAAGAAGUGAAGAACAGCAAGAAGUUCGCCCGUCUGAUGGAGUUCAUCCUCGUUAUAGGCAACUACCUCAAUGCUGGCUCUCGGAAUGCACAGUCACUUGGCUUCGAGAUCAGUUUCCUCAGCAAGUUGGAAAACACCAAGUCUCAGGAUGGGAAGACAACUUUGAUGCACUUCAUGGCACAGACAGUUGAAGAGAAACACCCAGACCUAAUUGGCUACAUAGAGGAGCUGACACACACAGAGAAGGCAGCUCGAGUGUCGGACGAGACGUUGCAGAAGAACCUGAAACAGAUGGAGAAGCAGCUGAAGCAGCUGGAAAUCGACAUCAAGAACAUCAGCAAGGCCAGCAACGAGGGUGACCGGUUCGCAGAGGUCAUGGAGGUGUUCCUCAAAAGUGCCAGUGAGCAGCAUGAUGUCCUAAGUACGAUGUACAAGAAGUUGGACUCCCUGUUUAAGGACCUGGCCAAGUAUCUGUGCUUCGACACCAAGAAAUACUCAAUUGAAGAUUUCUUUGGAGACUUAAAAAAUUUCAAAGAAGCAUUUAAUAAAGCAAUGAAAGAGAAUGCAAAAAUGCGCGAGACACAGGAGAAGAUACGACGUGCCAAGGAAGCCAAGGAGAAGGCAGAGAGGGAGAAGAAGGAGAAGAAAGCCAGGCAGAUUGCAAUACUGGACAUGACCACAGAUGAUGACCAAGAGGGUGUUAUGGACAACCUGCUGGAGGCGCUCAAGACAGGGUCGGCCUUCAGCGUCAACCGGGAGAAGCGAGAUGGCAAGCGCAGGACACCUCGGGCAGCAGGGGCGGAAAGGAGAGCUCAACUUGAGCGAUCACGGUCUCGACAGAACCUCCUACAGUUAGACAGUUCCACGGUGAAAGAAAUAAACUUUGACGAAUCACACGCUAAUGAGAUUCAGAAUCAACCACCCGAGCAGACGCAAGAACCUGAAAGGAGGAGAGGAGACAGCAUAGGAGACGCGAGAAAACAAAAGAGGAAUCCGAGGCGGAAAAGUUGCUGGCUCGACUUAAAGAAUUAUGAUAGCCUCAUUCUGGAUUCAAAAUGGUUGCUGUUCUUGUCAUGUGACCUAACCAAGUGCAUGCUGGGAUAUGUUACAUCAUGUAAUGAUAGCUUCCUAUGGAUUGAAGAUGCUUGCUGUCACUGGUCGUACUACACUUAACAAGUGCAUGCUGGGAUAUGUCAUUGAGUAUUCAAAACGUAGGAUAUUCUGCUGUGUCUUGCAAGGGCCUAUUAGUGUCAUUCUAGACACCUCACAUUGUCAAGAAAUAGAAAGUGUUCUCGGAUAUAUGCCUUUCUUCGGAAAUUGGGCAACUGUGAUACAAUUCAUUCAGUUUGAGCAGUUGCUGUGGGUAGAGUAGUGCUGGAAGUUACAGCAGACGUGAGAAUCUCACAAGCCAGGGCAGACGUAGCUUUUAUACCUGUUCUGUAGCUGUGACAUAUUUUAACGAAUUUGUUCCAGGUGUGCUCUGUUACAGAUCUUUCACAUCAUUGCUCACAUUUGUAAUUUUGUAAUUGUUUGAGUCUUCAGAUUCAAUAUUCAGUCUGUGCCUGAGAAAGUUUCUGAAUAACCUGGACAUAUUUUUCAGCUUGAAUAUUGUUCAGUUUAAGACAUGUAAGUUGUAUUGCAAUUGUACACUGAAGUGUUUGUAGACACAGUCUUUGGGCUUGUGGUGAAAGGCGCAGACUGCAUGUUGCAGUCAAGUGAGGUUUGAAUCUGAGCUUGUGGCCAGGAGCUGAAACACUCUCUUCUGUCUCUAGGUUGCUUUCUAGUUUAUGACAGAAAUCAUUUUCAUCAUACCAUCAGCUAAUGUUGUUAAUGUUGUUGUAAUUGGGACCAUGUGAAACAACAGACGGGAGUUGUUUUGAUUCUAUUGAUAAUGUUUCAAUUGGCAGCUGACGCCUUGCCUUUGUUGUUGACCAUGUCUUCUACCAUCCAAUCAUUAUGCUUGAUUCUGAUGUUACGCUUGUCCAUCUAAUUGCAUCCAAGUAACAGGAAGCAGUGCGCAAGGCAGUAUGCUGAUGCUAAGACAAAGAUAUUAGACAUGUCACUGACCGAAAUGUUCCUGGAACUCUUGGAAUAAUAUUUGAGUACAAUGGGAGAUAUGCCAGCUCGCACACACAGUUGAAAAUUGUCUUUCGUUAAGGGGAGGUAAGUUUAUAUGCUGAUUUUGAAAUGUAAUCAUGAAAUAUUCUGUGGUGAAUCACGAAGGACUUGAAAGAACUGAAGACACUCCUUCUAAAACUCAGGUGAAUGCUGGUUUUCUUCUCGACUUAAAGACCUGUGUGGCUACUUUACCUUACAUUCCACUAGCACUUAAAUACUUUUUGCAGGUAAGUUUCUCCUAAUGAACAGUUUGAUUCUUGAAGUUUAGGAUUGUAUUUAGGAGGACUUCUGUCAGAGUGGAUUGGUCCGCAGGUGAACUUCAAGAAGAUUGCUAUGGUUGAGAUCACUAGGUAUGAGUGACCACUGCCUUGGAAACUGGAGGUGACUGAUUUAGAAAUGUACAAAACGGUUUGAUCUGUACACUGGUUUAUGGAUGUCAAGAGUCUGGGUGUUAACAGGAAGUUUGGGCUGGUCAAAGAAAAGAAGCAACAGACAGUGUCUCCUUGCCUUAUUCCAGACAAUCACAAAGCCAUUAUUGGAAGUUCUGUUUUUGAACCCACUGUCAUCUGGGGCCCAUUUAACAAAAAGAUCUCAGUGCUAUGACCCAUUUCAGAUACUUCAACAUAGACUUACGACAGCUGUAAUGGUAACGUCACUGGAACUGUUGUUGUACAGGUAAUCUUAGAUCUAAAGUAAUCGUAACUCCAUACCUUAACAUAUACAGAAGUUACGCUAAGAUCGCUGGAACUGUGCCCAAGAGGUAUAAAUCUUAUCAGUUUCCUUGACAGUAAAGGAAGUUCCACUAGUCUAGCGAAAAAGUGACACCUGUUGAUAAGAUUCCAUGGACUUACAGAUGCAUUUACAUUUUGACUCAGUUUAUUUGACAGCCAUCCAGCUUACUGGAAAUAAGGACAUUAUCUAGAGUAUUAAACCCAGUUCAAGAUCCUAAUAUCUAUACAUGUAUCCACCCUGUUCUCAGCAAGAUGUUAGCUGUUAAGAGAAUACUCAUGAAAAUCAUGGUGCAUUAUUGGUACUCUUCAUGACACAGCGAUUCGGUUCAAGGAACAAGAUUAUUCUCUUGUAUUUUCUUGGCAUCUGUAUAUUAUACUUUCCUGAAGGCUUAUUUAAACGAAUUUGUAGAUAAUCUCUAAAUAUCUGUACAUUUUGCUUGAGUUAUGGCUUUAAAAUGCAUAUAACCUCCCCAGCCGUAUGAUAAUGUACAUAUAGAAUAUUGGCUGGCGGAGAGACUGUAAAUGUGUAUAUUUCUAUCACCCUUCAUCGCAAGUAGUCGCUUGUUUCAUCUCAUACAGCAUGUAUGUGACUAUAGCCACAUGUUCAUCUGUUAACUGAGGCCUGUUGUUCAUUGGUCGCUACACAGACAAAUUCAAAUAAGGGUUGAGCUGUUCGUCUAUUUGUUGAUCUGAUGUUUAUUGGACAUUAUUUAUUUUUACAAAAGAAGACAUUAAGUUCAUUCCUCAGAUUAUGCUAAUUAGUUACUUGUGCCACUUUGUGCCAUAGCUUUCUGUGUUCUUAAAAAUAAUUGGACCCUUUUAAUCCACAAUUUAUUUAGACCAAAAUUUAGGUUAGUAUCUGAAACACUGGUUCAAUUCUGUUAAAUAAUUCAUUGUAAUAGACUGUUCAAUUUGAUUAAUGACAGAAUGAAAUUAUGUGAAAAAAUCAGUUGCAUGACUUCAAGCGUUUACAGUUUGCAGAUCAUUAUUCUCCUGUUGUCUGUGUAGAACCAGGCCAAAAACACAGGACCCAGGUUAUCUCCCCUGUGUUACAUUAUGUUCUCACCCCCUCAGUUAUCUCCCUUGUUUUGUAGCAUGCAGCAUUAUGUUCUGUUAAGUUUUUGUUCUUUAUUAUUUGACACGAAAUCAUUGAUUGUUGAGAAGGUAUAAUUGCCGUCUCAGACUGUCAGGAUACUUUGCCAGAACCCAAUCAUAUUCUGAUCUACACGGAGCAUAACAAGGAGAAAGAAAUGGUUUCUGCUUUUGCUCAGGAAACAAUUAUUG